GAGGCAGGAAGCGAACGAGUCGGCACCAGAAAGUCGUACUAGUCAGCUACAGCUCAGUGAAGAAGUAGUACGCAAUAAAUGAAGACAGUUGCGAAAAAAAAGUAAAUGGAACACAGUGGGAGCGGUGCGUGCAAUGAUCUAGCGAUGUGCGUUGAGCUACAGAAAAAAAAUGAAGUGGAGAUAAUACACACUAGUAAACAUCAAAGAAAGCUUCGCUUAUAUCACCGAUUUCCACCAUUGCAUCCACAGGGAGCGCUAAUGUUAUUCUUCUUUCUUUUCUUUCUAUUUUGUUACGAAUAGAUAUCUAUUCCUCGCUCUCUCGCGUGCAGUUUGCAUAGGCGAGCAAGACAAAGACGACGCGGCGACUUCCACGAGGUGCACGCGACGAGCUCAACGGUCCCUAUUCUGCGACGACACGUCAUCUCGUCGUCCGAGCACCAUGUCCGAGGUCUCCUCCUCGGCCGACCAUUCCGCCCGGGACGGCUGCAGGGUUUCGCACGACUGCGUGGUUCGCACGGCUGACGGCGGCGAGUUCAAUGUCCACCGCGGUUUCUUGAGCGCGUUGAGCCCCGUUUUUCAGGCCCUGUUCUCCAUCGAAUACGGGGACCGCAAAGAUGUCCUUCUCCAGGGCGUCAAGGCUUCCACAAUGGGCGUGUUGUUCGGUUGCCAAUACCAGAAUAAGCUGCACAUCAACGAGGAAAACGUGACCGAGGUCCUGGCCGCGGCCGACAUGCUGCUCAUGGACGACGUGCGCAACCUGUGCCUGAACUACAUGCUGUCCAACAUGGACAUCGAGAACUGUCUGGGCAUGGCCACCUUGGCGCGGUGGUACCACUGCCCGAACUUCAGCCAAUCAGUGUUCAGCUAUGUGCGUGAGCACUUCGACCAGCGGCGGCCAUCUGUCACUGCAACAGCGCAGGUGCAAUGUUCUCCGUCGCCAUGA